AUGAAGCUCACCACCGUUCUCCUCGGCUUCGUCGCCCUCGCUACGGCUCAGAACCAGAACCGACCGACGCCCAACGGCGCGUGCUGUGUAGCCAACACCAGCCUGAAGCAAGACGCAUGCACAGCGACCAACGGCCAGGGCGGUCGUUGCGUGCCAGGCGGGAACAACUGCGGCGGCGCCCUCAGCUGCAUUGCGCAGAGCAGUCUCACAUGCGACAACAACGUCAUCGAACGCGGCAAGUCGCUGUGCCGGGCGAACGCGCCGAACGGGGGUCUCUUUGAUGGGGCCAAGAUCAUCCAGAACCUGGCGCAGGCGUCGGUUAACUAA